AGGGCAGCGUCCGGCAAGUCGUGAUGGAUGAAAAUUUCUUCACCGGAUACAGGCAGACAUGUUUGAACAAGACAGAUACAUUGCUCAAAGUGUUGAUACCUUAUACCAAGCCUCAUGAGUUCUUCUUUGGCUACAAACAAGCCAACCGUAAAGAGGAUGAUAUUGCUAUAGUGAAUGCUGGCAUGCGAGUGGAUCUGGGGGACAGAGGGAGCCAUGUUGAAGACAUUAGUUUGGCAUUUGGGGGCAUGUCCGAUACAACUGUGCUGGCAACCAAGACCAUGAAGGCUCUCACUGGAAGGCCAUGGAAUGACUGCCUGCUACAGGAUGCCUGCUCCCAGGACAUGCUGCCUGCAGACCUGCCUCUAGCUCCUGGAUCACCUGGUGGCAUGGUUGCCUACAGGAGAACUUUGACCCUCAGCUUCUUCUACCGGUUUUAUACUGCCGUGACUAGACAGCUGCAGCAGGUUGAUUCAGAUGAGGCAGACAACAGUGCAAUAAAUGAAAUCACUCAGAGCCUGAAAGGUGGUUGCCAGGUGUUCCACCAGCCCACAGAUCUGCAGCCAUCAAGUGAUCUGGUAGGAAGACCUGUACCGCACAGCUCAGCAUACAAACAAGCUACAGGAGAGGCUGCUUAUGUGGAUGAUAUCCCUGUCUCUGAUGGAGAACUAUUUGCUGGAUUUGUGAUGAGCACUCAAUCACACGCAAACAUCCUGCAGGUUGAUCCAUCCUUGGCUCUUGCCAUGCCCGGAGUUGAGGACUUUGUUACAGCCAAGGAUGUGCCAGGAUGUAAUAACUGGAAUGAUUUUCAAGAUUUGGUCUUUGCUUGUGACAAGACUCUACAUGAAGGUCAAAUUAUAGGCAUGGUGUUGGCUGAUAAUCUGGCAACUGCCAGACAAGCUGCCAGUCAGGUCAGAGUGGAGUACGAGGAGCUGAAACCCAUCAUUACAAUCCAGGAAGCCAUACAAUCCAACUCCUACUUUGACAGCCCUCCACGAGUCAUCCAGUGUGGAGACAUUGACAAGGGCCUGUCUGUAGCUGAACAUGUCCUGGAAGGAGAGUUUCACCUGGAGGCACAGGAACACUUUUACCUGGAGCCACACGCCUGCAUUGUGUACCCACGGGAUGUUGAUGAGUAUCAUGUGAUCAGUAUGACUCAUAUGUUGGAUAUCCUUCAGGUAGGAGUGUCCAAAGUGUUGGGUGUGCCGGAACACAAUAUAAAUGUUUCUGUGAGGAGAAUUGGUGGUUCGUUUGGUGGGAAGCAGGCCAGACAUAGCAGUAUUGUGCAUCCAGCAGCAGUUGGAGCAUACAAAACUCAGAGACCUGUACGUGCUGUCCUGGACAGAGACGAGGAUAUGAAACUAACUGGCACCAGACAUCCCAUUUUAGCCAAGUAUAAGGUUGGGUUUACUGCAGAAGGCCAGCUGCUGGCUCUCAGACUGACGGUGUACUUCAACUGUGGCAUGUCCAUGGAUACUUCUCCUGGAGUCGCUGAGAGAUGUCUUCUGGCAAUUGGCAACUCGUACAAGAUCCCACACAUGUUCAUUACAGCCAAACUAUGCCGAACCAACAUCGCUUCUUGUACGGCCUUCAGGGGCUAUGGGGCUCCCCAGGGUGUGGCCACUGUGGAGUAUAUCAUACAGCAUGUUGCAGAAUCCCUGAACCAGCCUCCAGAAAAGAUCAGAGAAAGCAAUUUCUACCAUCAAGGAGACAUAACUGCCUAUGGGCAAGUAAUCCAGCAGAGUAACCUGGUACAGUGUUGGGAGGAGUGCCUGCGACAGAGCAACUAUUACACCCGGCAGAGGAGUGUGCAGGAUUUUAACAGGUCGAGUCGAUGGAAGAAACGAGGAUUGAGUGUCACACCACUGACUUAUGGAGUCGGUUAUCCAGUGCGUGUCAUGAACCAGGGCACUGCUAUGGUGAACAUCUACAGGGAUGGUUCGGUCCUGCUGGUGACAGGGGGAGUGGAAAUGGGUCAAGGACUUCACAUCAAAAUCAUACAGAUUGCUACACGAGUGUUGGAUGCCCCUGAGAAUUAUAUUCGUGUGGCGGAGACUUCAACAUACAACAUUCCCAACCACCCUCCAACAGCUGGGUCUAUGGGCUCGGAUUUAAUCGGCAUGGCUGUGAUGAAAGCAUGCGAGGAACUAAAGAGUCGACUAUCACCAUACAGGGAAGACAAUCCCAAAAAGGAAUGGAAAGAUGUGGUAUGUUUGGUGGACACACCCGGCAUGGACUGGAGCAAAAGCGUCAACUCUCCAUUCCCUUACUUCUCCUUUGGGGCAGCCUGCUGUGAGGUGGAGAUAGAUUGUCUCACUGGGGACCAUCAGGUGUUGAGGACAGACAUUGUCAUAGAUGUUGGUCACAGUCUCAAUCCAGCCAUUGACAUCGGGCAGAUAGAGGGAGCUUUUGUUCAGGGCUACGGGAUGUUGGUGCUGGAGCAGUACAAGGUGACAGGUCAAGGGAAACUCCUCACCUCUGGACCUGGCAACUACAAGAUCCCAGCCUUCGCCAACAUCCCCCACGUGUUUAAUGUGACCCUCCUGAAGAAUCCGGGCAACCCCAAGGCAGUCUACUCCUCCAAGGGUAUCGGAGAACCUCCGCAAUGUCUAGCAACUUCUGCUUUCCUGGCAAUUAAGUCUGCCAUCGCUGCAGCUCGAUCGGAUGCUGGAUAUUCUGGCUACUUCCAGCUGGACUCGCCAGCCACCCCAGACCGGAUUAGGAUGUCAUGUGUGGAUCAGUUCUCAGACAAGUUUCUGGUCGAUGAUGAGAAAGACAAUGAGAAUCCCUGGUAUGUCAAGCUGUAA